AUGAUUUUUCUUGGACCAGAAGACACCAAGAGGACUUGGAGUCCAAGCCAGAAGAGCCACGAGGCGGCGACAAGGCAGGACCAGCUCUACCCCUCGGCCGCGGCGGCGGGCGGGUGGUCCGACGACGGCGCGUACGCGUACCGCGGCGGCGAUGCGCCGGAGCCCUACGGCGCCAGGGGCACCGCGCCGAGGCAGGGCUCCGGGAACGCGGCGCUGUUCGACGAUUACGGGAGGUCGAUUGGUCCCGGGAAGGACAGGGGUGGUGGGGGUGGGGGCGGCGCGGCGAGCGCCAAGGUGGUGAGGGCCGUGCCGAAGGCGGAGACGUCGGAGGACGUGAGGGGCGGGGUGCAGAAGUUCCGGGUCAAGCUGCUGCCCGAGGGCGCCGGUAGCCCCAUGGAUGUGCUGUGCCAGGUUGGUUUGGAUGGGAUUCGGAUGCUUGAUCCCAACACUAGUAGGACACUGAGGAUAUAUCCCCUUGAAACUGUUACGAGAUGGGAUGUAUUGGAUUCUUCUGUAUUUGCCUUUUGGUCCAAGAGUUCGGUUGAUCUUGAAGCAAGAAGAAUACGGCUGAAGUCAAGCAGCUAUACAACCAACACCAUUCUGGACACUGUGACAGCUGCCUCUGUUCAGUUCAAGGAGAUGGCAAGCAGCGUUUCGAGAAGUAAAGCAGCUGUUGAUCCUGCGAGCCCUUCUGAACAGCAAAAUGAGAAGAGGAGGAAUUUCCUUGAUUGGAGGAACUUGGUGAAGCCUGUGACUGAGGAGAAAGACCACUGGGUCCCAGAUGAAGCGGUCAAUAAAUGCACAGCCUGUGCGGGAGAUUUCAGUGCCUUCAACCGCAGGCAUCACUGCCGGAACUGUGGUGAUAUUUUCUGUGAUAAGUGCACCCAAGGAAGGACUCCUCUAACUUCGGAUGCUGAUUCUCAACCAGUCCGAGUUUGCGACAGAUGCAUGGCUGAAGUUUCUCGAAGACUUAGCAGUGCAAAGGAAGCGGCAAAUCGACCUGUUGUUCACAGCCAUGAGGAUCUUGCCAAAAAACUUCAGGAAGCAAUGGAUAUAAAUAAGAAAUCAUCUUCAGGCUCAAGAUCUUCAGAGGGAUCUUCUGGCAAGCGAAUGCGAGAGGUCGCAUGCCCCAUCUGCACAGUGCACCUCCAGACAGACAUCUUGAAGCGUCUGCAGCGACAAGCGUUCUAUGACAUAAUGCAGCUGAGGGAUAGACAAGAGAAGGUCGAGAAGGUGCUCACGCUGUUCAAAUCUCACAAAAUCGGUCCGUUUGCGGAAGAGAGCACCCAGGUCAAGGGCCUCGUCAAUUUCGCCGGAGCCCUAGCACUAAACAGCAAAGAAGGCACGGAACUAGACAACUCAGAAGCAAAUUCUGGCAUCAGUUCACAGUUUGCGUUCCGGACCAGUGUCCGGAAGAAGGAUUCUCUCCUGGCAGAGCUUGCCACCGAUUCCAGAUACUUCUAUCAGGAAAAUGAUCUCAUGGGGAGCCCUCUUGUGCUGUCGAAGGUGAUGUACCUGGCAAUCGUCGGCGACGACAUUUCUGUUGCUGCGGUGCCGGUAGGAGCAAGGUGUGAUGAUUUUUCAACCGAUCCAAGCAUCCAAGAGGGGCAAUGGGUUCCCAACUUCCAUUCCUCGCUGAGGCCACCUCUGCUGCUUAAGCGUCACAGGCGCGCUGCUGGCUUGAUACUGAAAUCGCAGAACUUUGCAGCAUCUCUCGCGGAGUUGAUCUCAACAGCUGCGAAAAGCAAUGGACUCAAGGGUCGGGGCCUGGGUCGAGGUGAAGAGGUCGAACCCGAGGCAGCUGAAAUGGGCCGUCACGCUGUCGGAUACGCCGGAGAACGACCUAGGCUGGGGAGUGAGCCUGCGGAGAGGCUCCGAGGGGGUGCCAGAGCGGAUUCAGCUAGAAGGGUUUCUGAACAUACAUCUAGGCCAGAAUGCCACCCUGCAGCCUGGUGUCAUGUUCAACCUGGAUGGGAGGCGAUGCGCCCCAGCGGUCGUGUUCCGGUCAAGUUGGUUCUUGUGAGUGAUUUUGGUGUGAUCCCUCUUGAGGAUGUAGAGAAGUCGUGGUAG